AAGGAGAAAAGAUGUAUCCAAAGGUGUGUCAAAAUAACUCAUAUGUUGUUUUCUUGACUUACAGAUUUUAAAGCACAUUUCACGCGGAAUAAGGACAAAGAACAGGGGAAAAAUAAGCAUCAUAAUGGGUGCAGGUGAAAAGAAUUGGUUAAAUCUGCAAGUCGGUGAGGUAGGGUCCACUGGCUGCCCGGAGAAUGAAGUCAAGCCACUCCAACAUUCAGUCUCACUGGACCAACACUACAUUCACAUCAAGAAUGGGAGCACUGGUAAAGAUUGUCCAAGUAAUAUCAUCUCAACUGAAGACAUAAACCGAGGAAUUCCGUCAAACAGCACAGUGCCCGUGUCCUCGAGAAUGCAAGAGUUGUUGGAAGGCCUGAACGAGCCCGGCGACUGUGGCAACCCCACAGACCCUCCUUCCUGGCUAGACAGACAGCUUUUCAACCGAGGGAGGGAGUUCUACCACCGCUAUUUAUUCUGCAUGAGUUUCUCCGAAGUGCUGGCUCUCGUGUUUAUGUUCAGCAUGAUGCGGGCGCUUCGGCCCCUCAUGUACACCGGCCGCUCGGACUCCCCGCGGAAGGCUCUCCGGCGAUACUUCUCGACCUUCCAACACGUGAGUGCCUGGCACGAGGGGGACGUCUGGGACCCCGCCGACCGCGCCCACAAGGACCUGCUGUCGGUGCGAGCCAUACACAACAGGCUGUCUGGCGUCUUCAACUCUUCCAAGGAGCACGACAGAGUGUGGAAUACCAAUAUCCACGACAAGGGCCACGGAGAACCUGCUUGUCCCUUUUACCACACCAUCCGCGAGGACCUGAAGGAUCAGGCGGGAGAAGGGCUCUCGCUCGAGGGCCCAGACAACCCCCCCUUCUUCAUCAGCCAGUGGGACAUGAGUCUGACUCAGUACCAGUUCAUGGGCUUGGUGGUGGCCCACCCGCACAAGAUGGGUGCCGGAGCAGCCACGGACGAGGAUCUGGAGGGCCUCGUCCACUUCUGGCGAGGACUUGGCUGGCUUCUUGGGAUAGACGACAAAUACAACUUCUGCCGCGGCUCCUUGGCUGAAGUGCGCUCGCUGUGCCUGGAGGUUGAGAAACUAGUAGGCAUCCCAGCGCUGGCGAAGGUAGACUGGAACUAUGAGCACAUGACUCACUCCCUCGUCACGGGGUUGAGCCACCUCAUGCCCACACUCUCGUUCGAAGCUGGCUUUCGUUACGUGGCACAUGUCCUCGAUCUCGACAUAUCCAACUUCAUCGGCCGCAUGUCCUUCAUUAGCAAUGUCAAGUACUGGCUUAUGCGCUUUGCCAUCGGUCUCCUGUAUUACUUUCCUAGAUUAGUCUUUCACCUUAGUGAUAGGCUGCGGAAAGUGACAGAGGACUUCAAGCAUCGUCUCUCAACGAAAGGACAAACAACGAAAGUGGUAACGAAGCAGGAAAUCUUUAUCCAGUAACGACACCCAACAAUUAUUGAUAUUAUUGAUAAUUUCCAUGCUCUUUAGACUAAAAUUGGUGUCUGAGGAACUGAUCUCAGAAUGAAAACAAAACUGGGGUGGGAUAUUUUGGCACGGGAUAAAUGAUUGCCGUUUUUUUUCUCUCUCUCUCUUGGCAUCUGUUAUUGUAGGUUUGAAUUUAGUGAAAUUAAGUUCUAAGUUUGUUUGGAACUGGCCAUGUCUGUCUUUAUUUACCAACAGACAAAGCCAAAGAAAAGCAUAGCGAACGAUAAUCAUAAAAGAGAAUAGAAUGUGGAAGCGUCAGCCACGUUGAUAGAAAUUCGUUUUGUUUCUUAGUAGAUGCCACUUAUCUUUGCAAGAAUGCAAUAAAAGAUACAUUUUUACUCUAACUUAGUCCAUGCAUUGAGUAGGACUAUGAUAUAUGAUUAGCAAUGAUAAAACUAAAACAAAGGAUUGCGCAAAUUUAUGUUACAUCAGUCAUUUGCAAUACUGAAACUACGAAUCAUUAACAUAAUGAACAUACUCGAUAUUAUCAAAUCUCUGUUACACUAAAUAUCAAAUCAGUAAUAAUUCCAAUACAACACA